AUGUCUAUCUGGAAAUAUUUCUAUACUACGGUAUGUGAAGUUUUUGGCCUAAUCUUCAAACAGGUUGCGGAGAACCACCCGGAGUACAAUCUAUCUAUCUAUCUAUCUAUCUAUCUAUCUAUCUAUCUAUCUAUGUAUCUCAGUUUGUUCACGUCUAUCUAUCUAUCUAUCUAUCUAUCUAUCUAUCUCAUCUGUUCAUAUCUAUCUAUCUAUCUAUCUAUCUAUCUAUCUAUCUAUCUCAGUCUGUUCAUGUCUAUCUCAGUCUGUUCAUAUCUAUCUAUCUAUCUAUCUAUCUAUCUAUCUAUCUAUCUAUCUAUGUUCAUAUCUAUCUCAGUCUGUUCCUAUCUAUCUAGCUAUCUAUCUAUCUCUGUUCAUAUCUAUCUCAGUCUGUUCCAUCUAUCUAUCUAUCUAUCUAUCUUCUAUCUAUCUAUCUAUCUAUCUCAGUCUGUUCAUAUCUAUCUAUCUCAGUCUGUUCAUAUUAUCUAUUCAUCUAUUCAUCUAUCUAUCUAUCUAUCAUCUAUCUAUCUAUCUCUCAGUCAUGUUUAUCUCAGUCUAUUCAUAUCUAUCUAUCUAUCUAUAUCUAUCUAUCUAUCUAUCUAUCUAUCUCUGUUCAUAUCUAUCUAUCUCAGUCUGUUCAUAUCUAUCUAUCUAUCUAUCUAUCUAACGAUCUAUCUAUCUAUCUAUCUAUCUAUCUCUGUUCAUGUUUAUCUCAGUCUGUUCAUAUCUAUCUAUCUAUCUAUCUAUCUAUCUAUCUAUCUAUAUCUGUUCAUAUCUAUCUAUCUCAGUCUGUUCAUAUCUAUCUAUCUAUCUAUCUAUCUAUCUAUCUAUCUAUCUAUCUUCCACACACUGCAAAUAAAUGUUUACGAAGUGAAGCCUCAUCAAUAG